GGGGCAGGGCCGGAAGCUCACCUCCCUCCAAAAUGGCGGCGAAGCAGAAAGCGGCUCCUGGUCCGGGCCGUGCGCCUGAGGGGGAGGCCGAGCAAGUGCUGCCGCUUCAGGCAGUGCUGGUGGCAGACAGCUUCAAUCGGAAGUUCUUCCCCAUCACCAAGGACCUGCCACGGGCCUUGAUCCCUCUUGCUAAUGUGGCGAUGAUUGACUACAGCCUGGAGUUCCUUACAGCGACGGGUGUCCAGGAAACCUACAUCUUCUGCUGCUGGAUGGCACAGAAAAUCAAGGAACACAUUCAGAAAUCAAAGUGGAGUCGUUCGACAUCACCAAACACCAUCCAUGUCAUGAGCUCUGAGUCCUACCGAUCGUUAGGAGAUGUCUUGAGGGAUGUGGAUGCAAAGUCACUACUUCGCUCGGACUUCAUAUUAAUUUAUGGGGAUAUUGUGUCCAAUGUUAAUGUGUCUAAGGCAUUGGAGGAACACAAGGCACGGCGAAAGCUGGAGAAGAAUGUAUCCGUUAUGACAAUGAUUUUCAAAGCGUCAUCGCCAGGUCACAGAACAAGGUGUCAAGAGGAUGACAUCAUUGCAGUCAUGGACAGCAAAACAAGCCGUGUGCUGCACUAUCAGAAAUCCCAUAGUCUGAAGAAAUUCCGAUUUCCCAUGCACGCGUUCCACAGCAGCACUGAUGAGAUUGAAAUCCGCCAUGAUCUUCUGGACUGUCACAUAAGCAUCUGUUCACCACAGGUUGCAGAGCUGUUCACUGAUAACUUCGACUACCAAACUAGGGAUGACUUUGUACGUGGGAUUCUUGUUAAUGAAGAGAUUUUAGGUAAUCAGAUUCACAUGCAUGUGACAUCUGAAGAAUAUGGAGUGCGCGUCUCCAACCUGCUUGUGUAUGAGGCUGUGUGUUCAGAUAUUAUCCGUCGCUGGGUCUACCCUUUGACACCGGAGACGAAUUUCCCAGAAGAUGAGAGAGGAUUCAGUGUUCAUCUGCGGCAUAAUGUCUAUCGAGGGUCAGAUGUCAGCCUGGGCCAGGGAAGUGUGGUUGAAGAAAAUGUCGUGAUUGGCCAAGGCACCGUAAUUGGGACUAACUGCUUCAUAACCAACAGUGUCAUUGGCUACAGCUGUGUUAUAGGAGACAGUGUGAAACUGGACCAGGCCUACAUCUGGAAUAAUGCCCGUAUUGGAGAUGGAGUGGACAUCUACAGAUCAGUUGUGUGUAGUGACGUGGAGGUCAAACCUAAAGUCAGACUAAAUGAGCAUUGUGUUUUGGCAUUUAACGUAGUUGUGGGGCCUGAUCUGACGCUUCCAGAAGGUACUGUGGUCUCGAUGCAUUUACCAGAUCAGGAAGAAGAUGAAGAUGAGUUCAGUGACGAUGGAGGAAUCAACCUCAGACCUACAAAAGCGAAGGUGAAAGGCUAUAACCAGGCUGAAGUGGGAUCACAGGGUGUGGGAUAUAUCUGGACAGCAGCUACAGAGAAUGAUAAUGAAGAUGAUGAGUUGGUGCCGAAUAUAUGGGGUCUCGGGUUAAAUUCUGAAUCUGAGAGCGAGAGUGAAAGUGAGAUGAGCGUUAGCUCACGAGAUGCAGAUAGUCGAAGUAUCUCACCUCAGUUGGAUGAUGCAAAAGUUUUUCAGAAUGAAGUUCUUGGCACACUGCAACGAGGCUUAGAAGAAAAUAUUUCAUGUGACCAUCUUGUACUUGAGAUCAACUCUCUCAAAUAUGCCUAUAACAUCUCCCUGAAGGACGUAACACAGAUCACCACUAAGGUGAUCCUGGAAAUGCCCCUGCAACAGCAUGGAUCUGAAGCCUCAGCCAGCCAGUACAGCAACACUCUCGUAUCUCAUCUGAAGAAGUGGGCAUUAGUUUUGAAGAAUUAUAUCAAGCGGGCUGUAGAUCAUCAGAACUGCCUGGCUGCUCUUGAGGAGUUUUUCGCUGAACAUGAGAUGCUCUGGCCUGCCCUUGUCAAGGCACUGAUGACAUUAUACCAGCUGGAAGUAUUGGUUGAAGAAACUAUCCUUGGUUGGUUCUCUCAGAGUGGACCUACAGAGAAAGGAAGAAGUAUUCGAAAACAUCAAGGGCUGCAGAAGUUCAUCAAGUGGCUUGAAGAGGCUGAGGUGGAAUCAUCUGAGGAAGAGAAUUAACGCAUUGCGCCAAGUCAUGUGGACCUUCCAUAAAUUUCAGCAUUGCUGAGUGCUCAGUACAUCGUCAGGUCGACCAGAAUUGAAAAUCGUUUUGGUCUGUUGCAAUGAGUGAAAGAAUUAAUAGGUGUGAAAGGCUCUGAUCAGGCUGGGAAUGGUCUUUGGCUGCUAAAUUUUGUCCUUUGGAAACACUUCAAAACUGACAUGGUCUCUCACACUGGACACGUUUGUUUAAAUUGUAAAACAGAUUCAUGGGAUCAAAGUCACUGCACCCUGCUCUGUCCUUGGGGCUGUCCAUGGAAUGGGUUUGGACUACUCUUAAUUAGGAUGAGUUCACACCGCAAAACAUCCUCUCACUCAGAACUAGCUUCAGCAGCUUGUUCGGGGAAGUCACAACCUGGCUGGUGUAGAAACUGUAAAACGUAAAGUAUGAUCGUGAUGAAGUAAAGGGAUGGAACACAUUAUCACGUUGUAAAAGUUUACUUUGCAUCUAACCCUGUGCUGUACCUCCGAGGGAGUGAUUGAUGUGGACAGUGUAGAGGGAGCUUUACUCUAUGCUAUACCUCCCUGGGAGUAUUUGCUGAGGACUGUGUAGUUUACUUUCAGCAGUGUUGAAAGUACUUGACAAGGCUAAAUUAAGUAAAUUUGCUUAACACGUUGUAUCUAAUUCAGAUUGUUUUAGGGAACUUUGUGCCACACUAUAGCUAACUUGUAUCUGUUGGCUGCAACUAGUAGCUGCAAAAGAGUGUUCCAUUCCUGGCAGGAUCAUCCUUUACUUUGAGGAAUAUAAUAAUUAAUUUAAUUGGAAAAAAAAUUUGACCACGUUUUUUGCAGGGUGGGGAGGUGGGGAUUUUAAAUUGAAAGCCCCUUACUGGUGCUCUUUUGGAAAUAUCUCACUACUCGUUACUGAGUGGAGAAUAAAACUGCGUUGUUCAGGGAAUCAUUCAUCUGCCAACAUUCCCUGAAGGGAAAUAGCUUUGUGAAUAACUGUCUCCCUCUACUUAGGAUGCUGAGAGACUCGAAGCAGGCACAAGGGAGAUUUAAGGAAGGUUUUGGAUACCAAGAAGGGCAGACUGGGGUGUCAGGAUGGCAACCUUGCUUAUCCUGAAUUUCUUGUGGCCUGACAUUACUCUAGUCAUCCUUUAACAGUAGAGUAUGACUGUUGCAAAGUUUCCAUUUAUAUGUGGUCAAACCAAGCCAUGGGUAUAUUAUCAUAGAAUCCCUACAGUGUGAAAGGAGGCCAUCCAAACAGCAUCCACCCAAUCCCUGUAACCCUGCAUAUCCUACCUAACCUAACAUCUUUGGACACCAUGGGCAAUUUAGCAUGGCCAAACCACCUAGCCUGCUGAACUUUGGACUGUGGAAGGAAACUGGAGCACCCGGAGGAAAUCCACGCAAGCACAGGAAGAAUUUUCAAACUCCACACAACUCCACAGCGUGGAACCGAACCCAGGUCCCUGGUGCUGUGAGACAAUACUGCUAGCCGCACUGUAUUGCACCACAGACUGUAACUUGGCUGAUGUGUUUGGAGAUACCACAACCAUAACUUUUUUCAAUAGUUAACAGCUUUUUCAUUGCCUCAGUGAUAAAGAACCAUAAUAGAUCUUCCAGUCUGAGCUGAGCAAAUGGAUCCCAGAACAGCACGGAAGCUGCUAAAUUAAUCAUUCAGCGAUAAUGGGAACUGCAGAUGCUGGAGAAUCCAAGAUAACAAAGUGUGGAGCUGGAUGAACACAGCAGGCCAAGCAGCAUCU